AAAUAGCUCGUCAAUCCUGUCAAGGUACACGGCUUCGAACGUCAAGACAAUAAAUAUGAAGCACAACACUCGUUUCGACGCAGUAGCUACUGAGCUCUUGUAAAAACCAGAUCAGUACUUCACUUCCUGUACAAAAGCCCAUUACUACUAUGAACUAUUUAAUAGCAUUCGCCGUUCUUGUUGGGUUCUGUCAUGUAAGAACUGAAGAUGACUUUUUACCUGAAUAUAUCCACCCGUGCAAUUUGAAGGAGAAAGAAUUUGAAAAAUGUGUAAAACAACAGAUAGAAGAAAGUCUUCCGUACUUCUCAAAGGGCAUUCCGGAGCUUGGAGUUACUUCGGUGGAUCCAGUAAAUUUGGACGAUAUAUCAAUUGACGGAAAUGGUCUUAAAUUAAAAUUCAAUAAAGCGCAAAUGCACGGACUAAGUCAUACGAAACUGACGAAACUAAAAGUGGAGCUUGGACAAGACGAAGAGAAAUUUAAUCUUGGAAUAAUAGCAAAUCUGAGCUUAACAGCCAAAUACAACGCUGAUGGUAAAAUUUUAAUACUUCCUAUCAAAGGUGACGGAGACGCUGUUAUAACGUGCAAAAACAUUGAAGUUGAAAUUAACAGUAAAUUUAAUCACAUUAAAAGCAGUAAAGGAAUUCACUUCAAGCUGGUGACACCGAACUACAAAUAUGAUAUUCAAUCUACGACAUUUAAGUUGGAUAAUUUGUUCAACGGCAACAAACAACUUGCGGAUGCAACUUUGAAAUUUGCAAAUGAAAAUUGGCGACAACUUAUGGAUGAUUUGGCUCCUCCAGUUGUGAAACAGAUUGUUAAGACUAUUAUCAAAACUAUUAACAAAUUCUUCUCAAAAGUCACUAUCUCUCGCAUAAUUAAUGGGUACACACAAACAUCUUAAAACUGUAACAAAAUUUUUGUUAUUUAAUAAAUAAUUAAAGUGAUCUUGAGGAA